AUGGCCAAGAGUUCAGCAGGAACUGUGCUGCUUGCAUUUGUUGCUUUGAGUUUUCUAAUCUUCUUUCUUCGUUACACAAUUCUUAUGCAGUUUUACGCAUUUAUCAAUGCCCCUCACCCCCACCCUCGUGCUAAAACAUCCUUCGAUCUCUUUUAUAGAACCAAGAAGGCAAGCAUUGUUGGAAAAUAUGGUACCCGAUAUGGGGCCAGUCUACGAAAGCAGAUUAAGAAGAUGGAAGUCAGUCAUCACAGGAAAUACUUCUGUGAGUUCUCUGAAAAGUAUGCAGUGAAGAGAAAGGUAGUUGGAAUUUGGGGCUGCAAAGAUUGUGGUCAAGUUAAAGCCGACAGUGACUACACACUCAACACUGCUAGUGCUGGGAUAGUGAGGAGCACUAUUAGAAGGCUAAGAGAGCGUACUGAAAGUUAA